CCCCACCACAUCUCUCUGUGGUUCUCCUCCGUACCCUCUGGUGUUCCCCUCCCUCCCUGUCUGAGCUCUCCGCUCUUCAUUCUCCUCUCGGUCUCCCGCCAUCGCGUCCAGCUGUGGCCCUCACAGGGCGCGCUCGCUGGCUCUCACCUGACAGGUCCCUGGCCUCAGGACGACAGCCAGCACCAACACGUUCCCUACAUGAGGGACAAAGCGACGCAGACCCCCAGGGCCUGGGCAGAUGAGAGGAGGAGGGGCUCUCACAAACGCUCAGCCUCCUGUGGGAGCACCGACCAGCUCAAGGAGAUUGCCAAAUUGCGUCAGCAGCUUCAGCGCAGCAAACGCAGCAGCCGCCAUCGGAGGGAUAAAGAUCGAAAGUCCCCUUUCAAUGGCAGCCAUACCAUCAUCCAGUCGCAGUCGCCUAUGCCCAAGACCAUCCUGAUUCCCAUCCCUAUAUCCAAGUCAUCAGCCCCUCGUUUCCGGAACAGUGUGGAGGGCCUCAACCAGGAGAUAGAACGCAUCAUUAUCAGAGACACUCCUGAGAAGGAUGAGACCAUCAUUCCGCAGGAUGUCCCAGAUGGGCACCGCGCACCCCCACCUGUCCCCCCGCAGCGCAGCAGCAGCACCCGCAGCAUCGACACACAGACACCCUCAGGGGGCGGCCUUAGCGGUAACCAUAGCAACUGCAGUAGCCGCCCCGACUCCAUCUCGCCCUCCUACCUCACCGUCCUCAACGACACGGGUGGAGGCAGCCCCUAUGAGGACAAAGAGCUGGGCCCCUGCUCCCCGCUGCCUAAAUACGCUGCCUCCCCCAGACCCAACAACAGCUACAUGUUCAAGAGAGAACCUCCAGAGGGCUGCGAGAAGGUCAAAGUGUUCGAGGAGUCCAUGCCCAAACCUCUGCAGGAGAUCCCUCCCUUCCUGUGUCCCGACCGCAACAAGGUCAACUUCAUCCCCAACAGCGGCUCUGCCUUCUGCCUUGUCAGCAUCCUCAAGCCCUUACUCCCCGCCCCGGACCUCAACUUCCGCCCCGGGGUGGGCCUUCGAAGCCUGUCCCCGUCCCUCGUGCCUCUGUCCACCCAGCCCUGCCUCCUGGAGGAGCCUGAGAGCUUCUGACGAGGCUUUGAAAUCACCACAAAACCCCCACCCCCCACCCCCCCGAAACAACCACCCCACGAAAAUCGGAAAACAUUUGAAACUAGGAAACAACCCUUCUGCUCCAAAAAAUGCCUUCAGCAUGCCAGCUAAGCUCUCUCUGAUGUCCUUAUCUUGUUGAAAAAGCGCUUCCCACUGCCUCUCCUCCUCAGACGACUACAACAUGAGAGUCCUGCAGCCCCUGUGCGGGCGUUUGCAGCUAACAUUUCAUCGCUUUCUUCUACCUUUAGUGCUGGUUAUGUUCCUGUUUUUUGGGAGGAAAAGGGUAAAAGGACAGACUCUUUUUUUUUUCAUCGUAUUAUACCAUGGCGCCUUUCCACGGACAUAUCUCUUUUUCUAUCUGUAGUUAUUUCUCUUGAUAUAAAAUAUGCCUUCCAUUACAAAAAAAAAGGCCACUGGUUUCCUUGGCGACCAAGAGAUUGACCACAGAGGCUAAUUUUUGGUGCUGCCAGAUAUAUCGUAGCAAAACUUGAAGGGUCGUGACAAGGAGAAGUUAAAAAAUAAACGUGCCUGAUAUUUUAGACCGCUCCGUUUCCCCUGAACCAGCUUAGUGCUCCGAUCAUAUUUGAUCGUCAGCGUUACACAUGAUCUUUGCACUAUGAUGGCCAUAGAUACAUACAGAUGGGCAGGACCAGCUUAUGUUUAGACCACCUGUGAACCAAAUCUGGACAUCUGUUUUGUACUUUUAUCACAGUGACAGCUGACUGUAACCUGGUACAAGCUGAUGCCUUUGUUAUCCUAACUGGUAGCAGUGACCUGAGCCUCUGCUGGCCGGUGUGUAUCUAUGGGAAACACAGGCCAGGGCUAUGAUGUGUGCAGCGUGUUCAACCUGUGUCUGCUUGCCCCUCCUUCCCAAGCGCCAGCCUUUUGCUCCAGUGUCCCUUUUUAUUUUUUUUUAACUCCACCACCAUCAACACCACCUCCUUCUGUUCCCCCUCUCUUUCUCUCCUUUUCUUUCCCUCACUGUCACUGUCACGCUGAUCUCCCUCUGUCUUGCUCAAACUAUGUUGUUGUGAAAUGUGUCUAGAAUGGCCUGGUCCCCACAGGACAGGCCUCCUCUGGCUUGCGGGGCCCUGAGCAUGGAGUGGUCAGUGAACCCAAAUACUACACUGCAGACCACGAGGAUACAAUGGGUCGCACGAAUCAGAUCCAACCUGCCAAAAAAACUGUAAAUCCUGGAGUCAGAAUGAAAGUCUUACUCAACAAUGGAUUGAAUUUAGUUGCUGGUGAUCAUAGUGUAGCAGUGUAGUUAUGUUGGUAGACAGCCUCUCCAUGCCCCGGCCCACCCUCCUGUAUAUGUCAUUACUACUUGACUGUGCCUGCUACGGUGGGAUAGGAAUGUACUGGAUUUGUAAAUAUAGAGGCACACUGUGUUUGUAUUAUCAGCUGACAAAGAUAUGUAUCUGAAUGAGUCAAUAAUUGUACCAUAUAAUAACCCCACCCCACCCCCACCCGUUCCUCUGCUGAGUACUGUGAAUUACUACGUCUCAUUAUUGUGAAUAAUUAUGUAUUUAUUUAUCAGGAGUGUAAUUGGGUCUACAGAGAAUUUUAAUCAAGAAUAGAUUACAUCGUCCAUCUCAGGUUGUAGUGAAUAUGAUACAGAAAAAGAUAUACUUACUUCUCAGUGCACACUAACAAGUCUACACUACUAUAAGAGAGCAAACCAACAGCUGCUAUUUAUGUAGCCUCACACAGUGGAAAUCCUGAAUGAUGUAAACCUGUAGCAGAGUAGAAGUAGAGAGAAGUGUGGAUGUCAUUUGUUCAGUGACCUGAUUCGAAGUAACAACCAGUUGCUAAAAUGGUUUUGUAACAAAAUUUGUUUGCAAGAGACAAAGAGUUCACUUCCAAAAUGAGAUAUCCACUUGCUGAAAAACAAUCACACCUACAGCGACGUGUUCUUAUUUGUCGUUUUUAGACAUGUUUACAAAAAAAAGUAGUUUGAAAGAGCAGAUUCAUAUAUGUCGAAAUACAGAUUUAUUUCCAACUCUUUUUUUUUUCAAAGUGGAUAAACAGCAUUUUGGAAUGAGGCUCGAACACAAGGAAACUCGACACAAUGAUUCUCUGUUUGCUUGUCCAGUUUAUUGGAAACAGAACUGCCAAGUUUUCAUCUGUUAAACUCCUCCAGUGAAAUAAAAAGGCAUAGUUGAAUUAAAAGAA